AAGGCCCUUUUCAUCUGUCAGACUUGAGUCAGCCACAUGGAACACAAAUUCGGAGACACGAAUCGACUCACAGGGCAUUGGGAAGAAGGGCACAGACAGAAAGUCAAGUGAAGAGAAACUUUUUCCGAUAUGAGCUGUAUUCUCCAAACAGCUUUUUAGUCACUUUCACGAUAUUUUAUUUUUACUUUACUGCCAAUCUCGCAAGUAAUUAAGCUUUUUUUUUUUUAAUAAAAAGUAAAAAAACAAAACUUUGAUAAUGAAACUGAGUGUGGGGAUAUUUUUUGGAGGCUUCUUUGCAGCUCUGGGGGUUUUGCUUUUUUUGGUGGCAUUUGGAACUGAUUAUUGGCUUCUUGCUACGGAAAUAGGAACGUGUUCAGAAGCACCUGAAGAUGCUGGGGGAGUGAAGGCCACUUUCCAUCAUGAAGGUUUCUUCUGGAGAUGCUGGUUUAGUGGAAAUGUAGGAGAUAAUAAUGCCAGCAUGUGGAAUUUCUGGUAUACUAACCAAUCACCUUCUAAGAAUUGUACACAUGCUUACUUGUCACCAUUUCCUCUUCUCCGAGAUGAACACAACUCAACUUCCUAUGACUCUGCAAUCAUUUAUCGAGGUUUCUGGACAGUUCUUAUGCUCCUGGGAGUGCUCACUAUUGUGAUGGCUAGUUUCUUCAUCAUCUGUGCAGCUCCUUUUGCCAGUCAUGUUCUAUACAAAGCAGGAGGAGGCUUUUUCGUCAUUGCUGGUGUCUUGUUUUCGCUGGUAGUCGUGAUGUAUGUCAUCUGGGUCCAGGCCAUGGCUGAUCUGGAAAACUACACAAGCAUGAAAAAAAUGGAUUGCCCAGACUUUGCUGUUUAUGUACGUUAUGGCUGGUCUUUUAUGCUGGCUCCUAUAGGAGUAUUUUUUGCUUUAUUAGCAGGAAUGCUGUUCUUAUUGGUAGGGCGUCACAUUUAUUUACAUUCAGACUAGUUGUACACUGCUGAAGGGAAUACAGGAAUACUUGUGAAACUUCGUGACGAGUGUAAGCUGGAACACAAUUUUAUACAUUAUUACCAUUAUGGCAAUCCUGAGUAUGCAGGCAGACUUCUGGAAGUUCUCCUAUUGCUUGUUUAAUAAGGGUAAAAGAUACAAAACUCACUACAGGAAGAAGCCACCUCUAGUCCCAACUAGUUGUUUUUAAUUCUUUAGCAAGUACACAUGUGGUUCUCCAGAUUGUACUAUUCGCAGCAUUUUUGUAGGUUUGCAAACAGAAAAAGGCAGAAAUUUUUUGCAAAUAAAAGCCCAACAUGAAGUGACCCAAAUCAAGAUUUUAUGCAUUUAUCUUUUAGCAUUUACUUUGUGCUUCUGUUUGUUGAGAAUGGCACAAAGUAGAGGAGAAGGUAAGCAUUCAAAUACAGGAAUUCAUUCUACCUCCUCUCCUAUUUUCCACUAAUUGCCUUAGCUUUAAUGGAAGAAAAGAUGUCUGCAGUUUAUAAAAAUAGAGUGCAGAUCCAUGAGAAGAGGACAUAAGAGAAGACAAUUGCUGUGAAUGUGUAAAAGCUUAACUGCUUCCAUUACCCAUUUCUCUUUUCUGUAUGCAUUUGAAAGCUGUAUACUUCUGUAUUCUGAAGUCCAUAUAUGUUGCAUGACUCUGUAAGCCAAAAUGCUGUAGUACAAUCACUAGCUGCAGUUAUGCCAAAGUUGUAUUUUGAAUUACAGCAUUAAGAAUUUAAUUAAGUUUUAACCCUUUUAUUUUUCCUGAUUGUGUAAAAUUACUUUUUUAUUAAAAAAGUUUAUUGUCAAGACAAUAUCUGGGACAUAAAAA